AUGGGGAACGCGUUGCGGAAGGGCAAAGAUGCCCAGGGGGUGUUCGGAAAAAUCCCGAAUAACAUCUACGCCGUGUUUUCAAUUCAUGGCGAAGACAGCUCACUAAGGAAUAAACCUGCAGAUGGAGGAGUAGAAGAAUGUACAUCCACAAAGAGGGAAGAUAAAAAAAAAAAAAAUAAUUUCCUUUUAAGAGCUAUAAGAGACAUGACGAAAGGGGAAAAGACGCUACUUGUGAUCGCCUUUGCAUUUUUAGCUAUCAAUGCAUACACAAACUUGAAUUACCCGAAGAUUAUGGGAGAGUGUGUCGAGACGGUGAAUCUCGCAGAGGGAGGUGUAAGUGCAGUUAACGGGGUUAAUGGAGGUGACAGCGUGGGUGGAUGCAACAUUGGAGCACCCACCAAGUGCAACUUCCUCGUGACCUUCUUGCAGAAGAUUAAAAUUUUAAACAAUUUGUUUUUAGGCACUCAACAGAGAGGCGCACAUGCCGUUUUGUGCUUCUUACCGUACUUCAUCUGCGGAGGCGUGGCGUCCUACUUCAGAAUAUACUUCACAAACAAGUGCAUUAAGAAGGUGGAGAAUCGACUGAAAAAACGAGUGCACAAAACGAUCAUUACACAAAACAGUGAAAAAUUUAAAUCGCACAAAUCACCAGAUUAUCUAAUCAACUGUGUUUUUAACGAAAUAAAAUUCUCUGCAAAACAUUUGAUUACGUCUAUCACACAAAUGAUGCGUUAUGGUAAUUCCAUCCUUGGUGGAAGUAUCUCCAUGAUAUGCAUAUCUCCUUAUCUAACCAAAUUGUGUAUCUUGGUUGUGCCCACGUAUGGGUUUCUCGUCCUUCUCAUUUUGAGAAAGCUCAAAAGUAUUAAAAUGAAGACAUCCAAUUCUGAAGAAAAGCAAAUGGCUAGAUUGUCAGAUAUUUUACAAAAAAAAAAUGUCAUUUCAUUUUUUGGAAAUGAUUAUUAUGAAAAUAGCUUUUUUUGUAAAAACUUAAAAUAUAUGAACAGACUAAAUGACAGUUACACAAAUUGGGAAUCCUUAUUCUAUUCCUUUCUCAAUAUAGGAAGCAAUAUUGUUAUAUGCUCUAUCCUGUGCUUUGGAAGAAGUGAACUGAAUAAGAAGAAUAUGACCCAUGGACAGCUCGUUUCCUUUAUUGCCUUCUCCAGUAUGUUAGGGCUAGGUAUUGUGGGCAUGCUAAAAUUGAAAAAGGAUCUCGGUGUUCUCCAACUAAGUUUACAAAAGAUUUACGAAAUUGUGGACUUCACUCCGAUGGGGAAUAACCAACAGGAUGAAAGAAUGCCCCUACAGAGGGGAAAUGUUUUAAUCCAUAUGGAAAGCCCAAUAGAAAGAGACCCACCUCCCACCAUUGGUGAUGUGAAUGGAGGAGAUGAUUCCCCUGUACUUGUUGAUCAGUGUCCAAGAAAUCUCCGCGGAAGCCUCAAAUUCGAAAAUGUCAAUUUCGCCUACAACGCAUUCGAUCCCAGCAAGAGAAAGGAUGUUCUAAAAAACAUAAACCUAGAAAUAAAAGAAAAAGAAAAGGUAGCCAUCAUAGGGAAAAGCGGAUCAGGAAAGUCAACCCUGUGGAAGCUCCUCACCAUGGAGUAUGAGUACCAAGGAAAUAUAUACAUUGACACAUAUAACUUAAAAAAUAUAAACAAAACUUAUUUUAAAAAAUUCAUUAUAUCCGUUAGUGAGCAGGACUCCUCUGUCCUGAAUAGGUCUCUGUAUGAAAAUUUAAUUUAUGCCUUGUUACCUGUAAAAAUUGAGGAUCAGUGGGAGUUGCCAAAGGUUAUCACCAUGGGAGAUGAUCAGUUGCCUUCGGGAAACGCAAAGAGCAUUUGUAGUGAUCAGUCCAGAUACAAUGAUAAGUCGAGUAGCCCAAAAGAAGGAGAGGACACAUCAAAUGAAAAGCUAGACAAAGCUCCCCACACCCAAGGCCAAAAUUGCAAUACGUACAACACACGCCUGGGUGAAGGCAAAAUAACUCCAAUCACUGAGGAAGCCCAGCUGAACGAUCAAGUGAAUUACGCUCUUCUACAUGAAUACGGGCAAGAUAAAUUAAACCUCAUAAACGAAACAUUAAAUGAAUUGUGUGAACAGUUGGAUUUGACACAUUUCAUACGCUCCCUGCCAGUUGACAUUCAUUCAAGUAUCCAAAACAGUGCCAUGUCAUCAGGACAGAGACAAAGAAUAUCUAUCAUUCGAUCUUUAAUAAAAGACACACCAAUUUAUGUCUUCGAUGAAAUCACUUCAUUUUUAGAUGAGUCCAAUGAAGAAAAAGUAUACAACCUAAUUAAUACCAUAAUACCUAAUAAGACAAUCAUUUACGUUACUCACUCAGUGAAUAUAUUGCACCAGAUGGAUAAAAUAAUUAUCGUUGAUCAAGGAAAAAUAUGUUCCAUUGGAACCUUCAGUCAGAUUAAGAAUGAUCCCCUCUUCUUGGACAUCUUCUCCCACUCGAAGAUGGCGUCUAGAUAA